AUGGACAUUCAGCGCAAGUUCUCGGCGCGCUCGGACAGAGUCAAGUCUGUUGACUUCCAUCCUAGCGAGCCCUGGAUUUUGGCUUCGCUCUACAAUGGCAAUGUCUACAUCUGGAACUACAAGACACAGAACCUCGUCAAAUCUUUCGAGGUCUCCGACUUGCCUGGUAAAGCCUCCUUCCAUUCGCUUGAUUUGCUGCUUCCCUCCGAGAUCGAGCGUUGCGAGAAAGGAGAGAGAUGGGAGCCGAAGAGUAACGUUGUGCCGCACGUGGGCGGCGGUCGUGCACAGUUCAUCGCGCGCAAGCAGUGGGUAAUCUGUGGUGCCGAUGACAUGCUCAUCCGUGUGUACAACUACAACACCAUGGAGAAGGUUGCCGAAUUCGAGGCCCACCAAGACUACAUCCGUUGCUUGGCCGUGCACCCGACGCAGUCGUUCGUGAUCUCGUCGUCCGACGACAUGUUGAUCAAGCUGUGGGACUGGGAGAAGAACUGGCAGUGCGUGCAGGUGUUCGAGGGCCACACCCACUACGUCAUGCAGCUCACCUUCAACCCCAAGGAUCCCAACACCUUCGCCUCGGCCUCGCUCGACAGGACCAUCAAGGUGUGGGGUCUGGGCUCUCCCGUUGCGCACUUCACGCUCGAGGGCCACGACAAGGGCGUCAACGCCAUCGAAUACUUCACCGGCGGCGACAAGCCUUACAUCAUCAGCGGUGCCGACGACAAGCUGCUCAAGGUGUGGGACUACCAGAACAAGACCUGCGUGCAGACCCUGGAGGGCCACACCCACAACGUGUCGGUUGCCUGCUUCCACCCCACCCUGCCGCUCAUCAUCUCCGGCUCCGAAGACGGCACCGUCAGGCUGUGGAACUCCAACACCUAUCGUCUGGAGAAGACCCUCAACUACGGCAUGGAGCGCAUCUGGGCUCUGGGCUACCUCAAGGGCUCCAACAAGCUCGUUCUCGGCUACGACGAGGGCUGCGUCAUGAUCAAGCUGGGCAGCGAGGAGCCCGCCGUGAGCAUGGACCCCACGGGCAAGAUCGUGUGGGCCAAGCACAACGAAAUCCAGGCCGCCAACGUCAAAAUCGCCGGAGACGUGGAGGUCGUGGACGGCGAGCGCCUGGCUCUGCCCACGAAGGACAUGGGCACCGUGGAGAUCUUCCCGCAGACCCUGAAGCACAACCCCAACGGUCGCUUCAUCGUCGUGUGCGGCGAUGGCGAGUACAUCAUCUACACCGCCAUCGGUCUGCGUAACAAGAGCUUCGGCAGCGGUCUGGAGUUUGUGUGGUCGAACGACAAGAGCAACUCGUACGGUGUGAGGGAGAGCUCGUCGAAGAUCAAGAUCUUCCAGAACUUCAAGGAGACCAAGAUCAUCCGCCCGACCUUCUCGGCCGAGGGCAUCUUCGGCGGCCCCCUGCUCGCUGCCCGCUCCACCAGCUCCGUCACCUUCUACGACUGGGAGGGCCGCGUCAUCAGGAAGAUCGACGUCGUGCCCAAGUCGAUCUACUGGAGCGACAGCGGUGAUGUGGUGACGAUCGCCACGGAGGCGUCGUUCUUCAUCCUGCGCUACAACAAGGACAUCGUCGCGCGCAUGAUCGACAGCGGCAUCGAGGCGGGCGACGAGGGCAUUGAGGACGCCUUCGAGCUGCUGAGCGAGACCAACGAGCGAGUGCGCACGGCGCAGUGGGCCGGGGACUGCUUCGUCUACACCAACGCCGCCAACCGGCUCAACUACUGCGUGGGCGGCGAGAUCUUCACCAUCUCCCACCUCGACCGCCAGAUGUACCUCCUCGGCUACAACUUGAACGUGGUGUGCUACACGCUGCAGCUGUCGGUGAUCAACUACCAGACGGCCAUCCUGCGCCAGGACCUCGAGGCCGCCGAGAAGCUGCUGCCCAGCAUCCCCACCGAGGCCCGCGAGAGGGUGUCGCAGUUCCUGGAGUCGCAGGGGCUCAAGGAGCAGGCCCUCCAGAUGUCGACGGACACGGACCACCGCUUCGACCUCGCCGUCCAGCUGGGCCUCCUCGAAAUGGCCGAGGAGAUCGCCAAGGAGGCCGACUCCGAGCACAAGUGGCGCCAGCUGGGCGAUCUCGCUCUCACCCACUGCAACUGGGACCUGGCGGAGGAGUGCCUGCUGAAGGCGGGCGACCUGAACGGUCUGCUGCUGCUGUACACGUCCAUCGCGCGGGGCGAGGGCAUCGAGAAGCUGGCCCAGCUGGCCGUGGAGCAGGGCAAGAACAACAUCGCCUUCAUGUGCUACUUCCAGCUCCGCCGGGUCGACGCCUGCAUCGACCUCCUCUGCGACACCGGCCGCAUCCCCGAGGCCGCCUUCUUUGCCCGAACCUACGCACCCGGUCAAAUCUCGCGCGUGGUGAAGCUGUGGCGCGAGGACCUGCAGAAGAAGGGUCUCGCGCGCGCUGCCGAGUCGCUCGCCGAUCCCCUCGAAUACGACAACCUCUUCCCCGACAUCUCGCUCGGCCUGAGGGCUGAGGAGAUCGCGCAGGAGGAGAGGGAGCAGGCCUACCCGGCGACGCGCUACCUCGACGUCAAGGAGAACCUCGACAGGGACAUCGUCGCCGCCUUGAAGGAGGAGGGAGGUGAUGUGGCGGAGGAGGGCGCCGAUGAGGAGGAAGUCGUCGAGGAGGCCGCCGAGCUCGAGCCCGAGCCCGAAGCGCCAGUGGAGCCCGAAGAGGUGGUCUUUGACGAUGACCUGGGCGUAGAAGACGACGACCAGCUCCUCGAGGACCACGACGACUAA